CACACACUGCAGUUAUUUUAGAUGAAGGUGGAGUUUCACAACACUUUACUAAAAACAUGUCUGUCGUUUAUUACUGAAGCAGUUUUGAAGAGUUUGUCUUUUCAUAUUUGUGGACUGAAACCGUUGAAGAAAAUGUUUCUGAAAUUAGUUUUCUUCUGUUUGUGUUUGUGGCGUCUGGAUGGUGUGUUUGGUGCUUAUGAAGAGAAGCCUGUGUUUGUGAAUAAAGGAGAUUCAGUCACUCUAAACUCUGGUUUUAUUGAAAUAAAGGAUGAUGAUGUGAUUCAGUGGAGGAUGUUCUUUGAAGAUGCUUUAAUGGCUGAAAUCAAUAAACAGGCCGACAGCUUCACUGUAUAUGAUGACGUUCUUGAUGGGAGAUUCAGAGACAGACUGAAGCUGGACAAUCAAACUGGAUCUCUGACCAUCACAAACAUCACAGCUGAACAUACUGGAGUUUAUCAACUACAGAUCAACAGUACUGUGAUCAAGAGUUUCAUUCUCAAUGUCAUUGUUAAAGUGUCAGUGACGGAGGGAGAUUCAGUCACUAUAAACUCUGAUCUUACUGAAAUGAAGGAUGAUGGUUGGAUUCGGUGGAGGUUUGGAGCUAAUAACACUUUAAUAGCUGAAAUUAAUAAACGGGCCGACAGCUUCACUGUAUAUGAUGAUGUUCUUGAUGGGAGAUUCAGAGACAGACUGAAGCUGGACGAUCAAACUGGAUCUCUGACCAUCACAAACAUCACGACUGAACAUGCUGGAGUUUAUCAACUACAGACCAACAGUGGGACUGAGUUUUUCAUUCUCAUUGUCUUUGAUGCAGUGAAGUCAGUGUCAGUGAAGAAGGGAGAUUCAGUCACUCUAAACUCUGAUCUUACUGAAAUGAAGGAUGAUGAUUAUGGGAUUCUGUGGUGGUUUGGAAACACUGUAAUAGCUGUCAUCAAUAAACGGUUCAACAGAAUCACUGUAAAUGAUGAUGAUUUUGAUGGGAGAUUCAGAGACAGACUGAAGCUGGACAAUCAAACUGGAUCUCUGACCAUCACAAACACCAGAACUGAACAUGCUGGAGUUUAUGAACUACUGAUGUUUUCACCAGAAUUCUCAUCUAAAACAUUCAGAGUUUCUGUCUAUGACUCUGUCCACUGUUGUGGUUCUACUGAAGCUGUGAUCCGAUUGGUCCUCUCUGCUCUGGUGGGCAUGGCUACUGUCAUUAUUCUGGUUUAUGACAUCAGAUCCAGAAGAGCUGAACGAGAUCAAGCACAGAUUCACACAUCAGGAAACUAAAUGAUGUAAUUUCUCAUAACUAUUUCAAUCAUUCAUUUAUUUUAAUGGCUUUAUAUUCAUCUGCUGGUAUCGAUGUUCAAUUAUCAGCAGCUCAUUUCCACCCUAGAUGAUUAUUUGUGAACAAAAAGCAACAAAUGUUUGUCAUGAUAAAUAUACUGAAGAUUACCAAAGAUCGCUUUGCUCAUACUAGAUUAACAUGCUUUCCUUUUUUUAACCUUUUUUUUUUUUUUUUUUACAUGCUAAUCUUUCAUAUUUGAUUGGGGGCUUUAAACACUUAAAGGAUCUUGUGUGUCUUUCAUUGUGAUUAUUGUUCAGUCAGAGCUGGUUAAUGGUGUUCAGAUCAGACGUCUCUAAUAAUAAUAAUGAAGCUCCUCUACUGGCUGAACAUAAACACUCUGAAAUAUAACAGCUCUCUAUUUUGCUUUUUUUCAGUGACAGAUUUUUUUUUUUAAAAAUUUGAAAGGCUUUAUUGUUUAUAUUUCUCUCAGAUGAGAUGCUGUAUUUGUCAUAUGUAUUUGCUUGCCUUUAUAAAUAAAGUUUCUCAGUCUGAGGUUCAAGAUUCUCUCCAUGUUUCAUUAUAUGUCUAUGACGCCCCCUGGAGGAAA